AUGGUUUACAGAGCACUUUUGCCAACGCUGAAUCCUUCCCUCUUACUUGUCAGAUUUCAGGCAAUAGAUGGCUUUGGUUCUCUCAGAACCUGGUUUUCCCAUAGGCCCUGGGAAUGGGGUGGGUCUGACAGGUCACUGAGGAGAUCUGGCAAUGUGCAUGUCUGCCCUGAUGACUCCCCUUGCUUCUGUAGGUGGGAGGCCACCCCGUGGACCGCGUGCUCCUCCUCGUGUGGGGGGGGCAUCCAGAGCCGGGCAGUUUCCUGUGUGGAGGAGGACAUCCAGGGGCAUGUCACUUCAGUGGAAGAGUGGAAAUGCAUGUACACCCCUAAGAUGCCCAUCGUGCAGCCCUGCAACAUUUUUGACUGCCCUAAAUGGCUGGCACAGGAGUGGUCUCCGUGCACGGUGACGUGUGGCCAGGGCCUCAGGUACCGUGUGGUCCUCUGCAUCGACCAUCGAGGAAUGCACACAGGGGGCUGUAGCCCCAAAACAAAGCCCCACAUCAAAGAGGAAUGCAUCAUACCCACUCCCUGCUAUAAACCCAAAGAGAAACUUCCAGUAGAGGCCAAGCUGCCGUGGUACAAACAAGCUCAAGAACUAGAAGAAGGAGCUGCUGUGUCAGAAGAACCCUC